CAUACAAUUAAUUAGGUAUUAAAAUUGGAAAAUGGAUUGAGUUGAGUGAAAAUUUUUGGAAGUAUUAGAAAUUUUUGUUAAUUUAUUGAAUGUUAGAUAUAGUUAAGUCACUUUAACAGGUUUAUAUAAAAAUGGUUAAAAAAUUGGUCGAUGGGCUAUUAAAUGGAUAGAAAAUAAUUUAAAUGAUGUAGAAAUGUAUUGAUAAAAUCUUAAUCAUAAAUAAAGAGGUCAUGGAUAUUAUGAUAAACAAAAUGAAAAAACAGGAAAAUGGUUUGAACCUAGCGAUAAAUUUAGUUUGUAUUGAUUUUUUUUAUUUAAAUAAGGUAAAGUUAAAUCAUUUUUAGUGGUGAAUAUAAAAAUGGUAAAAAAAUAGGAAAAUGGUAAACUUAUUGGAGAAUAGAAAAUAAUGAAAUUAAAGAGAUGUAUUAGAAUAAAAAAUGAUUUUCUUAACUGAUAUUUUA